GAUAACACUCAUGGAUGUUCCAGUAUUCAAAGCCAUCCAACCAGAUGAGCUUUCCAGUUGUGGAUGGAAUAAAAAAGAAAAAUACAGUUCUGCCCCAAAUGCAGUUGCUUUCACAAGAAGAUUUAAUCAUGUAAGCUUUUGGGUAGUUAGAGAGAUUCUUCAUGCUCAAACGUUAAAAAUUAGAGCAGAAGUUUUGAGCCACUAUAUUAAAACUGCUAAGAAACUGUAUGAGCUGAAUAACCUCCAUGCGCUUAUGGCAGUGGUGUCCGGCUUACAAAGUGCCCCAAUUUUCAGGUUGACCAAAACGUGGGCGUUAUUAAGUCGAAAAGAUAAAACUACCUUUGAAAAAUUAGAAUAUGUAAUGAGCAAAGAAGAUAACUACAAAAGACUCAGAGAAUAUAUCAGUAGCUUAAAGAUGACACCUUGCAUUCCCUAUUUAGGUAUCUAUUUGUCAGAUUUGACAUAUAUUGACUCUGCAUACCCGUCAACCGGCAGCAUUCUAGAAAAUGAGCAAAGAUCAAAUUUAAUGAAUAACAUCCUUAGAAUAAUUUCCGAUUUACAGCAGUCCUGCGAAUACGAUAUUCCCAUGUUGCCUCAUGUCCAAAAAUACCUGAACUCUGUGCAAUAUAUAGAAGAACUACAGAAGUUUGUGGAAGAUGAUAAUUACAAGCUUUCCUUAAAGAUAGAGCCAGGGACAAGCACACCACGUUCUGCUGCCUCCAGGGAAGAUUUAGUAGGUCCUGAAGUAGGAGCAUCUCCGCAAAGUGGAAGAAAAAGUGUGGCAGCUGAAGGACCCUUGCUGCCCCAGACGCCCCCAUCCCCGCGGAACCUGAUCCCACACGGGCAUAGGAAGUGCCACAGCUUGGGUUAUAAUUUCAUUCACAAGAUGAACACAGCUGAGUUUAAGAGUGCAACAUUCCCAAACGCAGGACCAAGGCAUCUCUUAGAUGACAGCGUCAUGGAGCCCCACGCCCCAUCUCGAGGCCAAGCUGGAAGCUCCACUCUGUCUAGUGGGAUAUCAAUAGGUAGCAGUGAUGGUUCUGAACUAAGUGAAGAGACCUCGUGGCCUGCUUUUGAAAGGAACAGAUUAUACCAUUCUCUCGGCUCGGUGACAAGAGUGGCACGAAAUGGCUAUUGGAGCCACGUGAAGGCCAGCAGUUCUGCAGAAUCAGAAGAUUUGGCAGUACAUUUAUACCCAGGAGCGGUUACAAUUCAAGGUGUUCUCAGGAGAAAAACUUUAUUAAAAGAAGGCAAAAAGCCUACAGUAGCAUCCUGGACAAAAUAUUGGGCAGCUUUGUGUGGGACCCAACUUUUUUACUAUGCUGCCAAAUCUCUAAAGGCUACGGAAAGAAAGCAUUUCAAAUCAACCUCAACUAAGUACGUGUCUGUGGCGGGAUGGAUGGUGGUGAUGGCCGAUGACCCCGGACACCCAGAUCUCUUCUUGCUGACUGACUCAGAGAAAGGAAAUUCAUACAAGUUUCAAGCUGGCAGUCAGAUGAAUGCAAUGCUGUGGUGUAAGCAUUUGAGUGCAGCCUGCCAAAGUAACAAACAACAGGUUCCUACCAACUUGAUGACUUUUGAGUAAAAACCUACAAAAGCAGGAAGGUGCACUGUUUCUCUGACGUGAGGGAGCGCCAGCUGCAAACUGAUCCUGUGCCAGGAAGGAACCCACGGUCCUGACCUAGCCUUCGGGGUUCUGAACCAAACAGCACUCAUUUCAGGGACUGAAACAAGAACUCCUUGGAGUUGCACACCGAGCUGCCACGGACCAUGCUUCUCUCUGAACCGACCUGUGGAAACCACUGCCUUAACCGAAUGCAAGGAGGCCCGGCACCGACACCAAGUAGUGUGUGUGUGAAUCUCCCGUCGGGGCGGUGCUUGCAGUAGGGCGAAGCUAGUUUGUGUUUCCUUUAACUUUGUACUCAUUUUGGAGGGGGCAAUCACCUUUUUUUAGAUACACUUUAAAAGGGGAAGGGGGGAAACAAAAAACAAAAAAACACCUGGGCUACAUCAGGCGCUGGUUUUGAACCGAGCUGUUAAAGAUAUUUGGCGUGGUAGGAAUUCCACCAGCAACCCGCGUGAAGGUUGUACUGCACUUCCGCUGGCCCAAAGCCUCACCCACUUUCUCACAGCUCAAGUGUGGGAAUUUAGAAAAGAUGAUCAGAUGAAUCGGGCCGGUUUUUCUGUUGUUGUUGUUUCUGCUUUGUUAUUUACUUUGUUUGGGGCAGGAGGAGUUUAGUGUAGCUUGGUUUAGUUUUGUUUUUCUUUUUAACACUAAACUGAAAUUUCUUGGUGGGUGGGGAGCGCGGGACCCGUUGUUUUCUGCGAGAAGGAUGAAGGCUGUGUUCCCGUGGCAGACACAGCACGAUGGCUCCUGGCUGGGCGCGGAGCACCAUCCUGUAGGGAAGUCACUGUUGGACCACAGCCGGGCUUUCCAGGGAGGACCGUCAGCCACACCUCAGCUUCGCUGGGUGACCUUAGGGGAAAUUCUACUCUUCACGUGCAUUGGGUGAGGUCCUCUCUCUCCAUCACUGGUGAUUUUUAUCAUCAAGGAUGAGAUGUUGACAUUUUUUCCAGUAUAUUUUCUUUCACAGUGUUCAGUGUGCAUAAUGCCAGAGGUAUUUUUUAUUAUUAUUAGUUUUUUUAUUUUUGUUUGCUAUGAGAUGACAGGAUCACAUUUGCUUGAAAGAGAUUCCACGUGUGUGUAUGUAUAUAUAUACGUAUAUAUGUAUUUUGUCAUAAGACAUACAGAACAAUUUUUAAAAGCGGAGAGCUUGAAAUUCUAGGAAUUUUAAGUAUGGAAACUUUCCUCCUUAGCUAGCUUCAAAGCAAAGCAUUUUCCAGAAAGCCUGCUACAGAUCCCUGCCAUGAAACCAUAGCUCUUGUCAGUCGUUGAGCAAGCAGGUAUGUGAGAGCUCAUCUAUGCAAUAGUGUAUUUUCAUUUCCAAAACUACCAAACCAUGAACAACCCCACCACCGCCUGAAGGCGAGGUGCUGGGCACUUUGAACCAAAAAUGGCUCUGGCACAGGGUCCAGGUGGUGGGUGGAUGCUGCAGACCCGGGAGCAUCAGUCAGACCAAUGUUAGCGGUGGCCCAGAGGAAGAAGGCUUUUUGACUGAUACUGUCUAAAACACCUCGUGCCGCUUGUAAAAAGAGGUUUCCUCACAUUUAUAUUGUUGGAGAAUUUUAUACUUUUUUAAAUCACAAGUAUUUUGCCCUUGCCUCUGAAACGUGAUGGAAAAUAUUACCUAUAUAAGAAGAUUAGCUAAAAGCCCAUUGUAAGGAAAGCAGAAGAGUCUUUUGGUUGGUGUGGGUGUUAGCUUUUGAAGUUUUCUGCUUGGAGAAGGUGUAAGCAGAGUUGGGGUGCUUUGGAAAUGCCAUGGCUUCUGGCUCUUUAGGAAGUGACGGCGGGACACGGCAGCUGGGAGAGGGCAGAAAGCUAGCCGGGCUGAGUGCUCUUUUUCCCUUCUCGAGCUGCACCCACCUGGGGUGGACACAGGACCCUGUCUGCUCAGCCAGCAGUAUUACUGUGCUGUGGACCUUGCACAUCUGAACUUUGUCUUGUUUUGUUUUAAUUCCUUGAUCUGUUUAUUUCUCUAACGAAAUAAGCAUCUUAACAGAGUACAUGUUUUUGUUUUUCAAAAAGAGAAUACUGUGGAUGAGAACCCUGUGGAUUUUAAAUGACAUAGCCAUCAAUAAGCUAGCAUGGGUGGGUUCGAGGUUAACCCCUUCUGUAGAGGGUGCAACUGAAAGCCAAAGCCUGACACCAACUGUUGCCAAAGAGAGAGGGAGAGGGAGAGCUAAGCUGGAAGGUGUGUGUGACCCCCACCCCUCUCUCCUCCAGCUCAUGGGUGCUUGCCUAGUCGAGCUCUGUAGACAGACGUGGCCUUUGGGUGCCUGGUAACUCCUAGCUAAUGUAAUGGUGCAGUGGGGGUCAUCAGUUUUCGACCUUCAAAUGUGUCCAUUCGAAAGCUCCGGCACUGCUUCUAAAGAAGACCAUAUGUCGUAUUUAAAACAAAUUGAAACCUGGGAGCAAAGUGAAAGUCAAAACUGUGUCGGUGAACGUCUUAUGUGCAGUUCACCAAAUGACAUCUGGUGGUUCAGACAAAGAAAAUAUAUUAUUACCAAAAUGUGUUAAAUAUUGAGGUGAAAAUUGUAGUGGGAAGAUGAUUAUUCACCCCUCUUAGUAAGCUUCUACCUCCAUUGUAAAUUAGUGGCUCAAAAGCUCAAAAAAUAUCCAUCAAAAAUAAGCUCAAUUUGUUUUUCACCUAGCCAAGUAGAACUACUUAGAAGCCAACUGCACCUUAAAUCUAACCUGGUUUGUGACAUGGCUGAGGCCUGGCAUGUGAAAGGUCUGGAGCCAGUAGGAUUGGAGCCAGAAUGCAGUUUGAAGAACAUCUCCUUUAACAGUUUAUUUGAACCUGGAGGCUUGUGACUCAUUUGAAAGAAGCUACAGCUCUGGGGACAUGGAGCUGUUGUGCUCUCUACCGCCCCCUGCGUGCUCAGGCUCUGCUUGUUGUUCAGAGUGUAACUUUACCGGAACCUCCUACCUGUAAGGAUUGAAAGAGAACUGGUCAAACACACCUCCUGAUUUUGCUUUCUUAACUAUGUAAAUGUUAGUCGUAUGACCACGAACAGAAAAAGAGAUCCAGGCCAUUCGAUUGGGGGUGGGGGUUCUUUCUCCCCCCAUAGGCCUGUGCUUCAAUGGGUAGAUAAUGUCAUAUGACUAGUUGCACUAAUUUGUUUGUAUCAGGUCUUAAUAUCAAGAGUCAAGAUGUUUAUAACUGCAAAGGUUUUAUAACUGGGUUUAUUCCUCUUCAAGACAGUUGUUUGGGGGGCAGUGUGGGGGCGCCCUAGAAGCACUGUGGAAAAUGUUUACAGUCUGUAACGAAAGCACUCUAUCUGUGAGGGCAGCCUGUUGGCCUCGGGGAAUAAUCAUUAGAACUCACCAUGGGCAUAAGUAUUUCUUCUCUCUCCUUUCUUGGUUGGUUUUGUUGUUGUUGUUGUUGUUUGUUUGUGCUAGGUUAAAUCUAUCAAUUAUAUACCAUUACUACCAGAAACAAAACUGUAGGGCAAACAUCAUUAAAUUGGAAACCAGUAGUCAUAGUAAAUUAACUUCCUUAAGUUUUUAAGAGGGUAUGUCCACUCUUCACUUCCAGCCUGUUUUGAGCCAUACGCCAGUUAGUAAACCACCAUCUUCUCUACGGGCGCAAGAGGAACUAGUGUGGGUUAGCAGAAGAGAUUCCCUGAUGAAAGAAAUCCUCUGCUGAAAAGCCUCUUGAAAUCACUGGGUCCCUCCUUGAGGGUGGAGGGGGGUGGGGGUUGUGGUGAUGGGGUCCAUUGCAUGAAGCUCACAGAGCAGAUGGUGAUGCCUGGUUGGCUUCUCCAGUGCCGUUGAGGUUUGCUUUUAAACGCCCCUCCCACCCACUCUUUGGUACGAUCUCUCUCAAACAGCAGACUCUCCAGCCAGGGGGUAUUCUGGUUUUUCCCUAACCUGGAGGAUUUUUUAAGUUACUUAUUAAGCCAUGUUGAUGAUGAAUUCUUUUCUGUGUGAAGAUGGCCUUCUUGAGGUAAUUUAAGUCCUUUCUGGUUUUGAGCCCCUAAAAAUGGCUUGUGUCUCAGAUGAUUGUUUUCUGUUCCGAGAGACUUGGGUGGGCCAAGCUGAGCCUGUGGGCAGCAAUCCCAUCCCAUCAGUGUCUCCAGGUGCGCUGUGGGGAACACUUGGUCAGUGCCUUAUCCUUUUGAAGACCAAUCCCAGGGUGUCUUGGAUGACAAUCAUCUUUGGCCCCUCGGGCUCCUCUUCAGACAUGUGUGCGGCCCUCUUGCCACCAGCUUCGUCUUUCUCGCAGCAGGUGCAAGAAAGCUGCACAACUCCAUCUGCCAGGCCAUUGCUGGUGCCCUUCUUGGUGUGGACUAUGGACAAGCUCCCUCCCUCCCUUCCCCUCUCCCCCCCAGGGUCGGACAUUAAAACUGAACCCACCGCAUCAACCUUGAGACAGCUCGCUGGGAAGCCACUUGUUCUACAGAGAGGGCGUCAUCAGACGUCUGUGCCAGAUUAAGAUACUGCUCCACAUGGGUGUGGGGGUUCUCUUAUGCUGAGCGCCCCUGGGGCUGGCGUUGAGAUUUGGCUGUUUGGGUUCAUUCCUAACAUCAAGUAAAACUCAGAACAAACCAGUCAUCACUUAACCUGCCAGCUACUGUUGACUUGACGGUGGCAGGAAAGUGAAAAUAAUGCCAACGUAUAAACUAAAGGGGAGUUGGAGCCCAAGUUAGCGUCCUCUGUGAAAGCAAAGCUUGCGAAGCCUUCUUAUCGUUGCACGCCCUGGAACUCCUGUGUGACUGAGUCGACGUGCUAUUUUCACACUGCUUAAAGGGCUGCUGUGUGCUAGAGGCAGGCUAGGCAACGGUCCAGACGCCCGGAGGGAGGGAGGACUGCCCCUGGAGGCUUGCUAGCAGGAGUUAGGUUUUCUUCUAGCCAGUUGAGCUGCAGAGGGGGGAUGGAAUUAAAGGUACAGAGUACUUUGGGACGGAACACACACACACACACACACACACCCAAUAAGCUGAAAACUUUAUGAAUAUGAAUUGUGCUUUAUAUCUAACACGUAACAACAUUAACCCUUCCCCCCUUCCUCUGGAGGUAACGCCCACUAGAACUCGUCAUCAAUAUAGUUCAGUAAUGACUGACUGGGUAUGGCUGGUAAUAAGUCACAGGCUCUGAAGAGUGUCUCACGCCCUUACCAUCAACCAGCUCAUGGUUUUACACAACCCACCUUCACGGGGUGGGGACUGGUCCCCAGUGUGAGUUAAUGGAAGUCACAUCUCUGGGGCGGCUACCCAAUGAUGAUCAUUCUCCAGGAAAACACAAGCCAUUUUUAUUCCUUUGACCCACAAACUCGAGGUACCCCUGGCGAAGCACUCCACUGCACAAUGACCUUGGCGAGUGAUGUGCAGCGUGCUUCCUCUCACCUUUUUGUUGUUGUUUUUCUUUGUAAUAUGCAAAUAUGAGUGUGUGGUCUUUAGUGUGUUUGCAUAAGCUAACAUAAAAUGAAUUUAAGUACAAAUUUCUGACAUUUCUAUUGAAAUAAAUUACAUAAAAAUAAA